UUUUAAAAUUUGUUUACCUAUACUAUUCUAUGAACUAACGGCUAUCCUUCUGUUCGUUUCCAAAAAAUAUUUGUUAAAACUCUGUAUUUUUAAUUAACCUUACCCAAAUGGAGAAUUCCAAUUCUUCCUCGUUUUCCAGUUUCCAAAGAAAUGUUGCAGCAACUAGUUCAGAUACUAGUAAACAUUCUAAGAACUCUGAGUCAUGUCGAAGAAAACUUAACUAUAUAACAGAAAAUUCAGACGUACCAAAUGAAAGCAAAGAAGAUGAAAAAAGCAUUGUAUCCAGGAUAUCGCUGAGUGAUACUAGAAAAGUUUUAAGAAAUGGAUUAGAUAGGAUCAAUAGGACUUUCAAUAAUGUGAGGACUUCUGUAGGAUCAUUUACUCAGAUAUUCAAGACUUCGACAAGAAGACGUCAAAUUCUUGAGGAAGGUCCUAUGACACCAACCUGUGUAACACCAGAUUCUAGAGCUCGAAUAAUCUUAGGAAGAACGCCAACAAAGCUAUAUAGUCCAUUUGGUAUUGAAAGUCCUUAUAAAUCUACGACAUAUGACAAGGAAAAUAUUCCCAAUUCAAAUAAAAUGGGAAUUGUAAGGAGGAAAGAAGCAGCAGACUGAUUGAAAAUGUAGACAUAGGGUAGUCUAGGAGGGCUGUACACAUUCCAUCAUAUGAAGUAUUACUUAUUUAUUUUGAUAUAAUUUAUUAUAUUUUUAUUUCAAAUAAAUUUAAAUCGUA